GUUGAUGAAGCCAUCGCCACGCAACGUUCUGCAAUCGCGUUGUUACCUCUCCACUGUGCGGACCGACAUCGGUAUCUCAGUUAUCUGGGCAUGUAUCUCCGCAAACGCUAUGAUAUCCUUGGAACAUCCGACGAUCUCGAGGAGGCGAUCGGCCUCCUUCGGGAAGCCACGGAGGCCUGCCCACCCACACAUGUAGAUCGGGAGUCUAUCUUGGUCAGGCUCGGCCAUGUUUUAUUCCGUCGCUUUGAGCUCGCCGGGCGUCUUCAAGACUUGGAGGACGCGUUGGAUAUGACGAAGCUCGCACUAACGUCUGGUCUUCCUGCAAGCCAACAACGCGUGUAUAUCCUUUCUAAUUUAUGCAACAUCGCAUUCUGGAUGCGAUUCAUAUGGAGUGGCGAAGCUCGAGAUCUGGAAGAGGCGAUCGGAUUUCGCCGAGAAGCCCUGAAAGAGCUGCCUCCCAACAGUCCACAGCGAUGGGUGAUGCUAGUGUGCAUGGGCUCAGACCUAUGCAGCAGGUUCAAGGAACUCGGCCAAAUGGAUGAUCUCAAUGAAGCCGUACAGUUACAUCGCAUCGCCGUCGCCAAUCAACCGUCCACAGACUUCCAACAUCUCGCCGCUGUCACGUCACUCCUCUCGGCACUCUGCAUCCGUUUCAGAGUCCUACGAUCACCCGAAGAUUUAGAAGAGGGGAUCCGUAUUGGUGAAGAACACCUCCAAAAACGGAGUGAUCUCGAGGAGGCCGUAGUGUUGAUGAGACACGCCAUGGAGUCUUGCCCGCCGACACACGUGGAUCGAGAAUGUGUCUUGGUCCGGUCCAGUCACGUCCUAUUCCGCCACUUCGAGCUGUGCGGGGAUACUCAAGACCUCGAGGACUCGUUGAAACAAGCUAAAGCAGCACUGACGGUCGGCCGCCCAACAAGUCAGCAACGUGUAUAUUCCCUCUCCAAUGUCGCCAACAUCCUCGAAUACUUCAUCGAGCACCGAGCCUGUUCAGACUCUAUUCUUGACGAGUUGGUCGGUUUGCGUCAGGAAGCCAUUAACAUCAGCCCAGAAGGGUUUCACGGCCAUUUGGCUUUGCUAGACUGUUUAGCCAAUGCUAUGCGGAUGCGCUUCUCAUGGAAGGGACAAGUGGUUGACCUGGAGGAGGCUAUCGAGAUUCAUCGGCAUCGUAUUCAUGACACCGGCACCGGCGAUCCUCACCGGUUGAAUUGCUUGUUUAAUCUUGGAGAGGAGCUCAUGAUGAGAUUCAAGGAGCUGGGCCGCAUUGAAGACUUGGACGAGGCGAUCGAACUGCAUCGCACUGUGCUGGAUGAAGAGUCACCCGCGCACUUCCAGCACCUCAAUUCCGUCGCCGGGAUGCUUUCCGCGCUCAGGAUUCGGUUUAGAGCGCGUCGUUCCGUGGAGGACUUAGAGGAGGCCAUAGUUCUCGCCGAAGAAAACCUUCAAAAUACGCCGAUCGGCAAUCGAUGGAGAGGCAAUCUCAUUCAAGAAUUGUCCAACUCGUUACUACUGCGAGGAGAGUAUAACGGAAACUCAAAUGAUAUCGAUAGAGCCAUCCAACUCCUCGAACCCUCGGACGUCUACGCCCCCGGAUCACUCAUUGCCCCUGAACAGAUGCGAAUCGUGGGAUUGGCCCAUAUGGCUCGGUUUCGCCAGACACAACAUGCCGACGAUGCAGUCCGGUCGAGGGCAGUCAUGACCGAGCUACUCCAGAGAGUCAUCUCCGAGCAGCGUGACUGCUUCGAGUACCUCCUCGAUGUGUCCGAGCUGUACCUCGAGGCUGGUACAGAAUACCGGAAUAUUGCACUCGCGCUGGACCACCUCAUGCAGUGCGUAGCGGCCGAUCACCGCGACGUGCGUUCUCGCAUCCAAGGCGGCUUAUUGGGGAUCUAUAGCAUGAUCGUAUCUAUGCUCCCUCGUGUAGCCUACUUCGGCACAGACCCUCACUCGCGCCUCCGUUCUUUGGCCAUCGGCCAGCAUGUCGCUGCCAAUGCGGCUCUCCAUGCGAUUGAUCUCUCGCAAGCUGAACGUGCCUUGGAGAUACUAGAACAAGGGCGAGCUAUCUUCUGGACACACAUUCUGCGGUUGCGAUCUCGCUUUGAAUCCGUUCCAGACGACAUGCGCGACCGAUUGCUCGUCCUCGCACAGAAGUUGGAGAAAAAUUCGGACAUCUCCGAAGAUCUUAGCGAGAGGCACCUCGUAGAGAAAGCUCUCGGCGAAAGGAGGAGGUGCAGCGACGAAUUCGAUGCGCUGUUAGAUCAAGUCCGUCGCCUUCCCGGAUUCGAGCGCUUCAUGUUGCACGACGAGUUUUCGACACUCGUCCGGGCGGCCGAUUGCGGGCCGGUCGUAGUCCUGAUCGCGAGCGCGAUUGGGUGCAGCGCGCUCAUAGUGACCAAGAUGGGAGGGCCGAAGUGCGUCCCGUUGCCUGCGCUCGACGAGGCGUGGGUGCUGGAGUCCGGUCAACGUUGGCGAGCGGCCACUGCAGAGGCACGGUCGGCAGUCCGAACUCGACUGCAUCUUCAGAAGGUGAAGGUAGCAUCGAAGAAGACGGCUUGCAGCCCUGUGGCCGAGGCAUGCAAUGUGCUCGGAGGGUUGUGGACGAAGAUCGUGGAGCCCGUUCUGGCAGCUCUAUACCUCAAGCCGGCCGUCGGACGCGCCCGGCCUCGCCUCUGGUGGUGCCCGACUGGACACCUCGUCCAUUUCCCAAUCCACGCAGCUUGCAAAGGCGGCCGAUCGUGCUCGGACUACGUCGUGUCCUCAUACACCCCCACGCUGAGCGCACUUCUGAGCGUGAGGCGCGAGUUCACCCCCGUGCGGCUCGAAGACUCCGCGGUCCUUCUCGCCGCCGUGCCCCGGCCGUUUGUGGACAGGUGGACCGAGCUGCCGUCGACGCUCGAUGAGAUCGCGGCGGUCGAGGCAGUGGUGCCGCGCGCGGCGGUGCUAACGCUCGAUGCGUCAAAAGCGCACGCCUUGCUCGACAACCUGCCGCGCGCGACGGUGCUGCACCUUGCGUGCCACGGCCUCCAAGAGUCUAAGAAUCCGCUCAAGAGCGGGUUCGUCAUGAGCGACCGGAUGCUCACCAUCGAGAAUCUGAUGGACGUGCCACUUCCACGAGCAUUCCUCGCGUUCUUGAGCGCGUGCGAGACCGCAAAGGGCGACGCGGCACGUCUUUAUACCCUCCCACCGGACCAAACGGUCAACCUGGCGGCCACCAUGCUCUUCUCUGGGUUCAAGAGUGUGAUCGCAACGCUGUGGUCCAUGGAAGACGUCGACGGGCCGCUCAUCGCAACGCUCGUAUACAAGGAGCUGUUCCGUGCGGGCAAGACAUAUCUCGACCCGGACGACGUGCCCUACGCGCUCGACGCGGCCAUUCAGGAGCUCCGCCGUGCUCAUCCAGAACCGAGCCGAUGGGCUCCAUACGUGCAUCUUGGGAUGUGA